AUGUCCUCGGAAUACCAGAACACCACCAACGAGCAAAUCGCCAGGCAAGCAGAGGCCGACCUCAACGACCACAGCAUGUCGGGCCACAAAGCCUCGACGAGGGAUCCCAAGUACGGGUCCGACUCUGCCUAUGAAUCAGGCGUCGACGCCUCUGUGAAGGACAGAUUCCCCGGUGCUUCAGUCCGGUAUGGUACGGCUGCAACUGGCGGCGGAGAUAACCAAGAUAUUCCCGUAGAAGAGGGUGGUGACCUUUUGCGGGACCAAAAACGGUUCACGAAGGCUCGCGAUUUUGAAGGUCCAGGUGGACCAGAGACCAAAGAGCAGAUCAGGCUCAGUAAUGAGCCUGGUGCAGAUGACAUACGGGAAAAUCUACGUUCUCUGUAA